UCAUCCAACGCCUUCUCUUUCAAAGCCUUAUAUAGAUGCUCUCCUUCAUUAUCACUUCCAAUACUUGUAUAUUUGCACUUCUCUCUCUUUCUUUUUCUUGCUCUCUUCCUCGAACUGUAAUAGAGAAAAUGAGUCUAGUAAUGAGGAGAUCGUCCUAUGGUUACUCAAAGUUGGAUAAAGAAGAUCCUGAAGAUAUAAUUCAUCGACGAGCUCAGUUCUUGAUCUACAAAGCCCUGCAACAUGCGGAUUCAAGAAGAAAGCCAUCGUUUCUGAGGAUCAGAUUAUGUAGACUAAAGGUGAAGAUUGGGAAGAAAUUAAAGAAGUUGAGGAAGAGCAUGUUGUUAAGCAUUUCUUCUGCCAGAGUUAGGAUGUAUAAGCAAGUUGCCAAUCCAUGGAAGCGCUUGUUUGGCAGUGAAAAUGCCAUUGCCGGUCUUCCCCUUUGUGUUGGCUUGAAGUUGAACCCCUGCAAGUUCUAAUGAUUUCUUAAUUUUCAAUUUUUGCUUAAUUCUCAAGGAUUUGCGAAUCCAUAUGCUAUUAUAUACAUAUAGAUAUAUCAAUCACUCAAUAGAAAUGAGAAAUUAUAUGUACUGUUUUAUAAGCAUUUCAAGUAGCUUAAUUGACUCUUGGGAUAUAUAUGUUGCGAGGAUCUACA